CCAACUAAUUAACUCUGUAUAUGAGCCCCUCCAGUGGGGGCGCUACACUGGAGCGGGUCCAGGUUGAGCUCAGGUGAGUGGCUGUGAGAGAUGAACGGGCGUGAUCAUGGGCGUGGCCGGGGGCGUGGUCGGGCACGCCGAUAAAGCAGCUUGAUGAUGAGAGAUGGCGUUUGUCGGGUUAAUCGCUGACCGUGGUGAUGGAUGUUACUCAGAGCUCUCCACACUUCGCUCUCUGACCGCUUUCUCUCUGCUCCGCCGCAGCCCUUCUGGAUCCUGCCCUUCUUUAACUCGUUGGAUCAGAAAUUCUUCUGAUACCCAUCCCAUCACAUGGAUGGCAUCACAGUCAUAGUUCCACCACAGCUCCCUGCACGUUCUUCAGAUCAAUCUCACUGUAUUUUGAAUGACUCAGUGUCCAUCAGACCACCUCCACCACCACCACCACCACCUGCCCUGGCUCCUCCUCCUCCACCGCCACCGCCACCCCCUCCUCCUCCUCCUCUAUGUGGAGGUGACCCGUUCUCUCGCAGUGUCCACAGACGCUCCAGGAUGCGCACCUUUAAUUGGGAUGCCAUCCCCCGUCACAGUGUCGUCGGCAAGCGCAAUGUGUGGACAUCCCUGAAGAAGCAGGAGGACUUCCCUCUGGACACACAGUACAUCGAGGAGCUGUUCAGUCACAGUGAGCAGCAGCGGGCACCCCGCAGGGUCGGAACGGUCAAGAAGUGCAUAUGGGGCCUUCCGUCAACCACUCAGGAGUCAGAAAUGGUCUCAAUCAUCAACUCAAAGAAAAGUAUGAAUAUUGGGAUUUUCCUGAAGCAGUUUAAAAUGCCGAUGCAAGACAUCAUUGAGGAUGUGAGGCAGGGUAACAUGCGUUUUGCUGCUGACAGAUUGAAGGAGCUGACCAAACUGUUACCUGAUGAUGUGGAGUUAAAGAAGCUUUUAUCCUUCAGUGGCAGUAUGUCCCAGCUGCCAGAGGCUGACCGCUUUCUGUUGAUGCUGGUCAAAAUGCCUGGGUAUGAAGAACGAAUCAAGCACCUGCUCCUUAGGGAGGAGUUCAGCCCCUUCAUGGAAGAGGUGACCAGCUCCAUUGCUGUUAUGACUGCAGCUGCUAAUGAGCUGCUGGUUUGUGAUGAUCUUCAUUCUAUCAUUCGACUGGUGCUGAAAGCUGGAAACUACAUGAAUGCUGGUGGAUACGCAGGCCGUGCAAUAGGUUUCAGGAUGGCUUCCCUGCUGAGACUAGUGGACACCAAGGCUAACAAACCUGGCAUGAAUCUAAUGCACUAUGUGGCUAUGCAAGCUCAGCAGAUUGACCGAGCUUUACUGAACUUUCCAGAACAGCUCCGGCACAUCGGAGACGCUUCAAGAAUCCACAAACAAGAAGUGGAGACAGAUUUUCAUAGAGAGAUGGAGAAGAUUAAAAAAGCAAAGGCCAAUGCCAGUAAACAGCCUGAUCUGGAACAUCAAAUGGAGGAAUUUCUGCAGAUGGCUGAAAGUCGACUUGCAGCCACGGAGGCUUCUCUGCAGGAGCUGAACUCCAUCAGUCACUCAGUGGCAGAGUACUUCUGUGAAGAUCCUGCUACCUUUAAGCUGGAGGAGUGUUGCUCCAUCUUCCACUCCUUCUGUGAGAAGUUUGAUAAAGCUGUGAAGGAGAAUGGUGAGCGGGAGGCUGCGGAGAAGCGUCAGCAGCAGCAGAGAGAGAGGGAGGCAGUUAGCCGUGCAUCCAAGCGCCGCUCCAUCACCACCUGCUCUGGCCGCGAGUCUGACUCCGAGGUCUCGGCGUUGGAGUCCGUUUUGACCAGCUUCCUUUCUGACCGUCCAGCACGCAGGAGGCAGCCUUCCAACAGGGAAAGACCCACAGAACUGUUAAACCCCCUGGUGGAGACUUCCCAGAUAGCUGUGGAGAGUCCUGCCAAGACUGAGAAGAAUUCUGGGGUUUUAGAUAUUGAACAACCAGACCAGAAUCCAGACCAGAGCUUUCAGACUAAAGAGGAGAUCAAGCCCAUUGUUGUUGUGGACUAUCAGACUCCUAAAAGCAAUGUGCGCAAGGCUGGCAGCCGCAGGAGCGUCCUUAUAAAGCAAGACCCUGUUGAUUCUGAGUGUGAUUACGACAAGGACAUCGACAACCAAGAGACACAGCAGAAAGAGACAUCUGUGUCUGAAGCAUCUCGCAAGGUUCUGCGUUACCAGACGAGCUGCGGCAGUUUAAACGGGGAACCUGCUCCAGAACACCUUGAAGACACAACCGUUAUCUGGUCUCCUGCACAAAGAGAGACGCGGGAUGAGGAUCUGUUCUUGAACAACAAUCCUGAGUGCAUGGGCUCACCCUGGACCGUCCUCAGCCCUCAAGUGACCCCCAGAAACACUCCCCACCGCAGACACUGCUUCACCCCAGCCGCCAGGGACGAGGAACUAGAUGACGGUGUGUGGGCUCUCCCGGACACCCCUGUACGUCAUAAACCGCCUCUACUAGCAAACAUGUGCAGGUCAUACGAGCACAGCCUGUCCACCUCCGUGCUGACGGAAGCAGGUGUAGGAUCCUCUCAGUUAUCGGACUGUCCCUCUGGAGCCCCGAUGUUAAGAUCUGCCUCUCUGGGUUCAGAAGCCCAGGACUCCGCCCCCGGCUUCCAUUUGGGGGUUCUCUUUCACCGACGAAAUGCACAAGAGCCUCCACCCUCCAAAAGGCACGAACCUUCAGCCCUGGUCUCCUUCUUCAGGCGUUUUGGAGAUAGAGGAAGGCCCGCUUCCGUUGGGGAUUCCCACGGAACUGACAUCUAGUCUAAAACGACUAAUCCCAUCCCUAUUUUAAGUUUUACAUUUGUCCGUUUUUAAUCGUUUUACUGUUGUGUGAACACACAGACCUUCUUGUUUGACAAUUGUUUGUUUCACAAUGAACUCUGAUUCAAGACAAAUGUGGACUUGUCUUGGCAGAUGUUUCAUGGUGUCAGUAGUGAAUCCAGAACUGAUUAUUUAUUUUCUAUUAUUAACUUAAUUUAAACCUUUAAUAGUAUUUUAAACUGUUUUAGCCAGCUAUGCAGGUUGCCUAUAAAAGUGGUCCAAACACUAUUACUAGUCUGCUCUUUUUGUUUCUUAAAGCAAACUCCACUUUUAUGUAAUAAAGUGUGAUUUUUUUAUUUUA